AUCUGCCAACUCUUGUAUAUAUCUGCAAACCGACACCCCAUCUCCAUGAUCGUCUUCCUUUGCUCCGAUCAACGAUGUCGACUGUCUGCAUAGAGCCUCUCUUUCAGCGCUGUCGCCGAGAAAACCCUAGAUUUCGUCUCAAGUCGCUGGCAACGAAGCCGUCCUCUUUGAAUUACUCUCGGAAGCCGCUCCGCAAUGGCGGGAGCUUUUGCAACUUCAAAUCUCUUCAUGGAGUUCGUCCUCUCAGAGCUGCUUCGAUCGAUACAGCGCUUUUCGAGACUACAGACGUCUUCUUCAAGGAGACAUUUAUAUUGAAGCGAACUGAAGUGGUGGAGGGAAAGAUUUCAAUCAGAUUGGAUCCCGGGAAGAAUGGAGAGAAUUGGCAGCUUACUGUGGGAUGUAACAUUCCUGGCAGCUGGGUUCUGCAUUGGGGUGUUUCUUAUAUCGAUGAUGUUGGCAGUGAAUGGGAUCAGCCUCCUCUAGAAAUGAGACCUCCUGGUUCCGUUGCUAUUAAAGACUAUGCCAUAGAGACACCAUUGAAGAAAUUGUCCUCUGCUUCAGAAAGAGAUACACUUCAUGAAGUGACCAUUGAUUUUAGUCCUAACAGUGAAAUUGCUGCUAUACGUUUUGUUUUGAAGGAUGAAGAUAAUGGAGCUUGGUAUCAGCAUCGAGGGAGGGAUUUUGAACUUCUUCUUAUGGAUUACCUUUGUGAGGGUACCAAUACCGUAGGAGCAAAGGAGGGCUUUGGAAUAUGGCCAGGGCCUUUGGGACAGCUGUCUAACAUGCUUCUCAAAGCAGAAGGAUCUCACCCUAAAGGUCAAGAUAGCAGCAGUGUAUCUGGAGACCUUAUUACUGGGUUCUAUGAGGAGCAUUCUAUUGUAAAAGAAGUACCUGUGGAUAACUCAGUGAAUGUAUCUGUAAAGAAAUGUCCGGAGACAGCUAGGAAUCUUCUGUACUUAGAAACCGAUCUAAUUGGAGAUGUUAUUGUUCAUUGGGGAGUUUGUCGAGAUGAUAAUAAGACAUGGGAAAUUCCAGCUGCUCCUCACCCACCAGAAACAAAACUAUUUAAGAAGAAAGCUUUGCGGACUCUAUUACAGUCAAAAGAGGAUGGGCAUGGAAGUUGGGGAUUAUUUACUUUAGAUGAAGAACUUGAGGGUUUCCUUUUUGUGCUCAAGUUAAAUGAAAACACUUGGUUGAGAUGUAUGGGAAAUGACUUCUACAUCCCCCUUUCAGGUUCAAGUAGUUUGCCUGCUCAAUCUAGGCAGGGUCAAUCAGAAGGUUGGGGAAAAUCUGAGAGAGUGGUAUCAGUUCCUACGGAGAUAUCAGGGAAAACUGCUGGAGAGAAUGAAAUAGUUUCUGAUGCUGCAUAUACUGAUGGAAUUAUUAAUGAUAUAAGGAAUUUAGUGAGUGAUAUUUCCUCUGAAAAGCGUCAGAAAACAAAAACCAAACAAGCACAAGAAAGCAUUCUCCAAGAGAUAGAAAAGUUAGCUGCAGAAGCCUAUAGUAUCUUCAGAAGCUCCAUUCCAACCUUUUCUGAGGAAGCUGUUUUGGAAACAUUAAAACCACCUGAAAAACUCACCUCAGGAACAGGCUCCGGGUUUGAGAUACUGUGCCAAGGAUUCAACUGGGAAUCUAAUAAAUCUGGAAGAUGGUACUUGGAGCUCAGUAAAAAAGUUGCAGAAUUAUCUUCUCUUGGUUUCACUGUGGUUUGGUUGCCUCCACCUACAGCAUCUGUGUCACCUGAAGGUUACAUGCCAACGGAUUUAUAUAACUUAAAUUCCAGAUAUGGAAAUAGUGAUGAACUAAAGGCUCUUGUGAAGAGUUUCCAUGAAGUCGGUGUGAAAGUCCUCGGAGAUGUUGUUUUGAAUCAUCGAUGUGCUCACUAUCAGAAUCAAAAUGGUAUUUGGAAUAUUUUUGGUGGUCGUUUGAAUUGGGAUGACCGUGCAAUUGUUGCAGAUGAUCCUCAUUUCCAGGGCAGGGGCAACAAGAGCAGUGGGGAUAAUUUUCAUGCUGCUCCAAACAUUGAUCAUUCACAAGAUUUCGUGAGGGAGGACAUCAAAGGAUGGUUAUGCUGGUUGAGGAAAGAAAUUGGGUAUGAUGGAUGGAGGCUUGAUUUUGUUCGGGGAUUUUGGGGUGGUUAUGUCAAGGACUAUAUGGAUGCGAGUGAACCUUACUUUGCUGUAGGCGAGUAUUGGGAUUCUCUCAGUUAUACAUAUGGGGAAAUGGAUCAUAAUCAAGAUGCGCAUAGGCAGAGAAUCAUUGACUGGAUUAAUGCUACUAAUGGGGCUGCAGGUGCAUUUGAUGUCACAACAAAAGGAAUUCUCCAUUCUGCACUGGGAAGAUGUGAAUAUUGGCGCUUAUCUGAUCAGAAGAGAAAGCCUCCAGGGGUUGUUGGCUGGUGGCCUUCUCGAGCAGUUACCUUUAUUGAGAAUCAUGACACUGGUUCUACUCAGGGUCACUGGAGAUUUCCUGGUGGAAAGGAAAUGCAAGGAUAUGCAUACAUCCUGACUCAUCCUGGGACGCCAGCAGUUUUCUUUGAUCAUCUCUUCUCUCACUACCGAUCUGAAAUUGCAUCACUCAUCUCUCUCAGAAAUCGGAAUGAGAUCCAUUGUCGGAGUACAAUUCAAAUCACAAUGGCAGAAAGGGAUGUGUAUGCAGCCAUCAUAGAUGAAAAAGUAGCGAUGAAGAUCGGACCAGGUUAUUAUGAGCCCCCAAAAGGGCAGCAGAGAUGGACUUUGGCUCUUGAGGGUAAAGAUUACAAGAUUUGGGAAGCCUCAUAAACAUAUUACAGCAACACAGUUGUUAUCAAGUAUACGAGUUAAUUAUAGAAUGUAUCCUCCUCCUCCCACUUCAAAGGAGAUACAGAUCGCCCAGGGCAGGGCAGGGCAAUGCAGUUGAUGGAGAUGGUUAUGCUUCCAAGAACCUCAAACCACAGCUUCUUAUCCGAAACCUCCUUUUCCAUCAGCACCUGGGGUCUGGAUGUCAGCCCUCAACCAAUUCCCUAAAACGUUCUUGGAAGAUGGAAAUGUCGCUUUGGGUCUGGGAAGAUGUACUUGUGGUUCUUGAUAUUAUAUUUACAUUGCAAUGCCUUGUGGAGAUACUGAUGAAAUAAAAUGCUAAAGUGUAUUAUAUUACCUCGCACUAACGCUGGAAAUUUGUCCGCAAAUCAUUGAUUAAUAAGAGAUGCUGACGUAUUUUUGUUAA